AUGGACCUCGAGAUCACAGCACAUUGGGAUACACGCUCGCAGAAAGCUCUUCUAGAGCAGACAUCUUCGAUAGUCAUGAAUACUAUCACGAUGGCUAUACUCGAGACUUCGCAAGUCCACCAAGUCAUAGCCUUCUUCCGUAGCCCUUCCGUCGACCCGUCAACGGUGUACGCAUUUGAGUCUCACGUCCGUGAGUGGAUCACCCUCAACGUCGCAGGUCCCGAUGCCGAGAGCGCCAUCGCCGCCGCCAUCACUGGGCACGGACCCAUCGAUGUCCUUGUCAACACUGCCGGCUUCGCUAUUGCAGGCCCUCUCGGGUUCAAAUUCCUCGACUCCGCUCGUGCUGUCUUCAAAACCAACUCCUUCGGUGCUGUGUUGGGCUGUGCUACCUUGUAUGAGAAGCCACAAGUCAGGUACUAUUGUCAACAUCACGUCCUCUGGAGCAUGGGCGCCAAAUAG